AUGCCCUUCUUUUUUUUAGAAUCGGUCAACCGAUCCCUCUUUUCUACUGCUCUUUCCUUCAUUGCCAUUAUCUUUUCUAAAAAUCUUUUCAUUCAGUCGAAUUCGGUUGGUCUCUUUGCCCCUAUGUUUCCCCGUCUACUCGUCUACUUAUUUUUCUGCCCUCUACACAUUCUUUUACUUUCUUAUUUUUUUUACCUUCUACUUAUUCUUCAACCAACUUCUUUUACCUUCUCCUUAUUCUUCUAUCGUAUAAUUAUUCUUUUACCUUAUACUUAUUCUUUUAUAUUCUACUUAUUCUUUUCCCAUCUACUUAAUGUUCUACCGACUUCUACUUAUUUUUUACAUUCUACAUAUUCUUCUAUCUUCUGCUUAUACUUUUACCUUCUACUUAUUAUUUUCCUUUCUAUUAUUCUUUUUCUACUGCUUAUUUUUUCCUUUCUACUUAUUCUUUUCCUUUCUACUUCUUCCUUUACCUUCUACUUAUUCUUUUCUUUUCUACUUAUUCUUUUGCCUUCGCCUUAUUCCUGUCCUUUCCACAUAUUUCUUUACCUUCCACUUAUUCUUUUACCUUUCUACUUACUCAUUUCCUUUUUACUUAUUCCUUUUACCUUCUACUUAUUCUUUUUCUUUCUACUUAUUCUUCCUACAAUAAUCCUUGAUUCCCUAUGCAGAUCUAGAAGAGCUGCAGACAAAAUACGAACUAGCUUUUCCCUUUUCUUGGCUGGUAAUUAUUGCACCAUCCAUAUCUCUCGAUCUGUUAUUUCCAUUUUAUUUCUCUCUCUCUCUCUCUCUCUCUCUAUCUAUCUAUCUAUCUAUCUAUCUAUCUAUCUAUCUAUCUUUUCUAUCUAUCUAUCUAUCUAUCUAUCUAUCUAUCUAUCUAUCUAUCUAUCUAUAUAUUAUAUUUAA